AUGCGGCGUCCCCAGGACGUCAACUUACAAAUCGUCUCGGGCGACAGUAAAGAAGAAGAUGAACUCCAUGCUCUUUUCCCAGACACUUGGAGGGACUUAGCCGCUUCUCUCAGGAAACGCCACGGCCACUCAGCGGCUCCAAAUGAUUCAAAAGACACCACCCAGUACCCCUUUCCGGGGCCCCCGGGCACCCCCCAGGGGGGCCCCCCAGAGGGCCCCUUCUUUUCGGGAGUGGCUGGAGGAGGCGCGGAGUGUACGUACACCGCAGUGGGGGAGGUGCGGGAGCUGGGAGAAGCAGCAGCAGCAGCAGCAGAUCAGUUUGUGCUGCUGAGUUCUGCUGCUGACGGAGAAGAAGCAGCAGCAGCUGCUGCUGCUGCUUUCCCGCUGCUGUUUCCUCCGCAAGAAGAAUUCAAUAAAGGGAAAUGGACUUUAAAAGAAAAUGAAGAAAGUGAUUUUGUAGAUGAAAGAAGCGACAACACCAGCAGCAAAUUCAACAUACCUCUUCUUCCUUUACAAAGCAGCAGCAGCAGCAGCAGCAGCAGCAGCAGCACGAAUGGACCACUGGUCAUACCUUUCCCAGCUGGAGAAGGCGGAAGCGAAUUGCAAGCUGCUGAGAGUGCGAAAGAAGAAAAACAAAACGCAGCAGCAGCAGCAACAGCAGCAGCAACAGCAGCAGCAGCAGCAGCAACUGAAGAUGAACCUCAGAGUGCAUUCAACUUCUGUCUAAUGAGCGAAAGCAGAAAAAAAAUUAAAAGAAGAACUCUGGGGGCCCCUCGCAGCCACGACGUUUAUGCGAAACUAACUGUUGCAAUUCAAAGACAAGCAGCAGUGGAGUCUGGAGGCCGUCGUUUGCUGUGUUCUGCUGCUGAGGGUUUUUUGUGUUUUGGACUUUCUUGCUUUUAUGAAGAAUCGGAAAAGGACAAAAACAAAGAAAUUAAAAAAGAAAUCCAAAGAAUCUGCAGCAAACGGGGAGCAGCAGGGUCUGCUGCUGCUGCUGCUGCUGCUGCUGCUGGCUGCAGCAGCAGCAGCAAGAAGCGCUACGAGUGCGAUCUGCUGCUCAGCUUUCUCUGCCUCUUCAAGGAAAUCAAAAGACAAAAAAAACAAAAAGAUGUUUUAAAAAAUAAAAUCAUUAAAGUCCAGCAGCUCAUUCGAGUGCUGCAGCAGCUCAAAAGCGAGAUUCGCUUCAGCAGCAGCUGCAGCAGCAGCAGCAGCAGCAGCAAGAAGCUCUGUAAUUCCGAGUUGGAUGCCAGUUUGGAUAGCAACUCGAACUGCAAUUCAAAUUCGAAUUUAAAUUUAAAUAAAGAAGAGCUUGUCAGUGCAGCAAAAGUCUGCUUAAGAAUGAGCAGCAGCAGCAUCAGCAGCAGCAGCAGCAGCAGCAGCAAAAAGGGAAGCGAAGGUCUUCAGCAGCAGCUUUUGUGCUUUUUGGAAGAAGAAGAAUUGCAGCAAUUUUCCGUCGAAACGCCGCAGGGGGAAACGGCUUUGCGUCUUUUGCCCUUCACUGAAUAUUUACUGGAAAAGCGAAGAGCUCUCGUUGCCGAACUGAAAGACUGCCGGCAGUCGUUGGAGCGUCUGGAGGAGAAAGUCGGGCUUUGCCGGCAGCUGCAGCGGCAGCACUUCGUGGAAAGCGCUUCUCGUCUUUUGAACAUUCGGAAUUUAUUUUCUUUAUUUCUUUUUUUCGAAAACUUUUCGGAAAUCAGCAGAGCCGAAAACGAACUUUUCGCUUUUUCCUUUUUCCUGUUUGUGAGCCACGACGGAAAGACGGCGAGUUGGUCUGCCGUGGAGGCGAUGAUGGAGGUCUUCUUCCUGGCGUGGCGGGCGCUGCGGCUGGCGCUGGUGGCUUACCACUUCCUGAAGAUCGUUUCCGAGGAAGUUUCCGCUAGCGGCGCUUCCCAGUCGCUGCAGCAGUUCCGGAUUCCGGGCGUUUCCAGCAGCAGCAGCAGCAGCAGCAGCAGCAGCAGCAGCAGCAGCAGCGGGGGCGGGGGCUUCAGUGAGGAGGAGCUGCGGGGGAUCCUGGGGAAAGAAGUGCCGGAAAUUGAAAGGAAAAGAAAGGCGGAAGAACUGAGAGGAGCUUCGCCGCGGCUUUCUUCGCUUUUGCUGCUGUUCGUGGCCCACGCGCUGCAGCUGUGCGGGGCGCACGACGCGGCGGAGCGGCGAAGAAAACGGGAAAAGAGGAAAGAAAAAGAAAAAAAGGAAGAAAAAGAAGAAAAAAAGGAAGAAAAAGAAGAAAAAAAGGAAGAAAAAGAAGAAAAAAGAAACGAAAACCGGAAAGAAAUGCUCUUCUGGAGGCCCCGCGAAGCGCCUGCGGAAGAGGCGCGCCGCGCCGCCGCGGGAAACUUGAACUUGAACUACUCGGAAAGCGGAGGAAAAAGUUCGGAAAAAGAAGUUUCGAAAAGUUAUUUGCAAAAAGAAACUCCAAAAUCCCUUUUCGGGCCCGUUGUUCUCUCCGCAGAACGCGCCAGAGACCACAACUGGCGCUUUUCCACUUGCGACGUUCUCAUCAAGUUGCUGCUGGUUGCUGCUGUCGAAACCACCAAAAAGAAAGACUUGUUCGACCCCGAGUUGCAAGCAGCUUUCCUCUGA